AUGAGGGACGAAAGAAUUCCGAUUUUUUUUCUUGUUGACAACUCCAAAACGAGUAAUUUCAGUGCUAAACAUCAACUCUCGGUGAGGAAGAAUUCUAUUCAAACCUCAAUAAUUGGAACUCAAAAAAUGACAAAAUGGGUCACUCCUGCUUUUGAUAUUGGUGAGAAUUCAGCCAACAACCAGCCUACCCCUAAGUCUCAGAAGAGGAAUUUAAGUUCUGCUUUUGGUAAUCAUCAGAACAUUAAUGAACCAGAAUUCAAUAAUUCUGCUUUUCAAAGUCAAGUGGUCAAGAGAUCACAUGUAGACAACAUACUUAUGUGGACUGACAAAUAUUCUCCAUCUUCACAGUAUGAUCUUGCUGUUCACAAGAAAAAAAUUCAAGAGCUUGAAACUUGGCUUAAGAAUAAUUUGAGUGGUAAAAAGCCUGCACCUGUACUUCUCUUAACAGGACCAGCGGGUGUUGGCAAAACCACUGCUCUCAGAGUUCUUGCCAAAGAGCUAAAAUGUCAAAUCCAAGAAUGGGUUAACCCUAUAACUGCUACAUUCAAUCCUGAUUCUACUAUGAUUUCUCACUCAGGAGGCUCUAGCUAUCAGUCUCAAAAGAACUUGUUCCAUGACUUCAUUCUUCGUGCAAACAAAUAUGGAAGCUUGGACAUCUUUGGAGGAGAUCAUUAUGAAAAGAAAUUAGUUUUGGUUGAGGAUUACCCAAAUAUAUUCUUCUGGAACCCAUCUACUUUACAUGAAAUUGUACGAAAAUAUAUGGCAACAGGAAGUAGUCCUUUGGUGUUUAUUAUCAGUGAUUCAACACAUGGAAAUUCUAAUGAAAAACUGCUUUUCCCUAAAGAUUUUCAGGAUGAUUUAAGUAUUGAGCAUAUAAGUUUCAAUCCUGUUGCUCUGACAAUCCUCAUCAAAGUCCUUACACGAAUUGCAACUCAAGAAUCUAUGAAGGGACCCUAUAAUUUUGCAGUUCCAUCCAAGAUGACUUUAAAAUCUCUUGCCAUGUCAAGUAAUGGAGAUGUCCGUGGAGCCAUCAAUGCACUACAAUUUGCUUGUUUAAAAGUCUAA